AGCGAUCCGACUCCGAGUCGACGUCAUUCCCGAAAAAGUGCGCAUCGAGACCACAAGUGAAGAAGAUAGCCGAGAGUGUGCAAACCGUAAAUGGGAGAAAAAAUGAAUUUGAUUUCAUCGUCGUCGCGAUUUGCAGCGUUAUCGGUGUCAAAUGCCUUUUAAAAUGAUAAUUGCAGUGCAUCGCAAACCGGGUGGAGUGAUUUAAAUCCGAGAUUUUCGAUGGUAAAAAUUAUGCCAUCAUGGCAGCUGCUGAAGUGUGAUACAAAUGGUGGACUGGUCAGUGAGGUGUGUGUGAAAUUCAGCGAGGUCGAAAGGUCUGGGUUAUGUCGGACGAAUUGGACCAUCCCAUGGGGGACGUGUCCGGAUCCGGUCAGAAUGACAAUCCGAGCUGGCAUCGGUUGCUUACGGACGGCCGAAGUGCUUGCAGCGGGCCGGAGAGUCUGUAUUCCGAUGCGACGACGGUGCCCCAAGCGGAAGAAGAAGAUGACGAAAUUUUAAGUGUGCUGCAUCAUGGAAGCGUCGGGAAUUAUGAUUCGGGUAAUUUCUCGUUUUCGGAGAGUUCUAACAAGGGACAGCCCGUGGCAGUCAGUCCCGGAGGACAGCAGGAGUUGCACCAGAGAUUUGUACAGUUGAAUACGGAGUUGUACCGAGCGAAGACGGAGCUGCUGACGUAUAAGUACAAGUGGAAUGAAAUUCGCAACGAGGUAGAGCUGCAAUGGAACAAAAAAUGCCAACGGGUGAUAGAUGAAAAGAUAGCGCUGCAGCAGGAGGUAGACGAUUUGAAGCAGCAGCUGCAGACGGCAGUUGCUUCCGUUGGCGGUAGCGAGCGUGGAUUGGAAAUUUAUAAGCUGCGGUCGGAACUGGAUCAGAUUAGAAUCCAAUUGGAUUGCAAAGAUCGGGCGAAUGGGAUUCUGAAAGAGAAGAUAGCGGAGCUUUACUGUGAUAAAGAGAAUCUCUCGUUCGAUGUUCGGAAGCUGGAGAAAAUGCUGCUGGAAGUGCGCAGUGAGAUAAGCUCGGUUAAAGCUUCCGAAGCUUGGUUCCGGAAUGAGUUACAUGUGUGCCAAAAUAUAAACGCCAAUUUGAGGGAAGCCAAUCUAUCGUUUGACAAUCGAUUAAGUUUGGAGAAGGCUCACGGGGAGCGAUUGAAGGUAGAAUUGCAGCAAGUGAUACGCAGUGCGGAGCAAGUGGAACGGCAAGCGAUAGCCGAGAAGUCAAAUCUGCUGGCGAGGCUCGAAACCAUUGAAGCGUCCAGCCGAUUAGAGAAAGUGUCUGAAUUGAUAGCGCAUGAGCAUGUUUGCAAGCAAAAUGAUGCUGGGAAAAAACUCCAAUCGCUUCUCGAUUCGAACAAGAAUCAUGAGCGUGAAAACAAUCACCUGCGGACGAAUGUUGAACUGCUGCAAAACACUCUCUCCAACCAGGAGAUGCUCAUCCAAUCGUACAAAAACAAAGAAACGGACACCCAACGCCGGAUCGGUUCCCUAGAAGCCGACAUCUGCAAGCUGAAAAAUGACAGAGACAGAAUGGCGGAGCAAAACACCGAACUGCAUGCGACAAUUGCACGGCACAGUUUUACCAAACGAGACCUAGAUGUCAGCAUCGGACAUCUGAGAGCGCAGCUGAAAGUUUUAUCGAUAAACUUUGAAAAUACGCGAAGGGCACUCGGUGUGAAGGAAUUUGAAAUUGGACAUUUGAGGCAGGAGCUGGUCCGAGUAAACGACCACUGUCGGGAGCUGGAGCAGCGCAGGAUGGAGCUGGAAGCGUCGUUGAAGCUGAAUGAAUCGCAGGCUCGUGCCCUAUACGAGCAGUUGCUGCAGAACUUCCAUCGGAUUCAGUCGAGGAACUUGGACCUGGAGCUGAAACUGGGUCAGUAUGCCGAGCACGAUGAAAAGUUUCGUAAGAGCGAGGAACUGGUGCAACGACUGCGGAAGGAGAUUUCCGAUUUGCAGGAAAAAAUUGUACAGGACGAAGAGGGUGGACUGUACGUGAGCAUUAGUAGCAGUAGCGCUGAGGGUAGCACAUGUGCCAGUAGCGAUUCGGAGGCGAAGAGCGGAGGAAGUGGUAACGUUUGUCCAAAGCAUGGGAACCCUAUUCCGGAGGAUGACACCAAAGAGCUGAAGAUUCUGCUGAAGGUGAUUGAAAACGAGCAUCGACAGAAGUUGAAGCGAUAUGAGCUGAACAAUCGAACACUGUUCAAGAAGGUCAAGGAACAAAGUCGGGCUAGAAGGGUGGCAGAGCAGCAGGUGGAGGCUUUGGAGAAAGAUGUCAGCAAAAUGUCUUCGCUGAAAUGCGAAAUGGCAGGACUUCGGGAGAAAAACAUGCUGCUGGAGAGCGAUUUGGAUGGCAUGGCAAGGGAGUGCCAACAGCUGAAAAGCGAAAAAGCGCGAUUAGUUGCCGCAAUGGAGACCAACUGUCUCCUGAAGGCUAAUGAAGACAUAUGGAGCGCGUUCAAGCGGAUACUCGCCGACCUGCGCGAGAAGCAGGUGACGGAUAAGGAGAACAAGCGCUUGAAGGAACUGCUUCAAAUUAGCGAGCGGAAGGUGGAUCAGCUCGAGCAGGAACUCAGACACUCCUUGUCAACAUCGGAGGAGAAGAGCACGGUGAUUGAAAACCUCAGGCUGUCGAACGAGUUGCAGCGGAUGGAGUCCGAUGAGAUUCGGUCGGAGUUAACGGUGAAGGCAGUCCAGUUGGACGAUUCGGCUCGCAUGAUCGCGGAUCUCAGCGAGGAAAGAGGUUCGAUGCAAAGCUCGCUGCACGAGCAGCAGCUGAACGAGGAGAAGCUACGGAAGGAAAUAGACUUCCUGCUGCAGCAGUUACAGGUGCGGGAUGUCCAGCUGGUGACGGCCCUGGAACGGUUGCGACUGUUCGAAGAAUCCGAACGGAUCCUAACGGAAUCGCGGCUGCAGUUUUUCGACGAUUUGCAAGCCCUCCGGGAUCAGAUUCUGGCCGAGCGACAGGAGAAACAGGACUUGCGCGACGAAGUAGCGGCACUGCGAACGGGCAUGGCACAACUGGUGGAAGGUAGCGAUAAGAACUUCCCUUCGGUCAGCCAACCGGACAGUGUCAAUGUUUCGUCGUCUAUUUCGGAGCGAUCGGCGGAAGGUGCGACGACUUCGCCAGCAUAUGACGUUCGAGCUCUCAAGGCUCUGGUGGAAGAUUGCUCCCGGCAGCAGGAUAGUUCAGCCGUUCAACCGCUGCAGGAGUGCGUGGCUUCGCUGCGGUCCGAGAUGAACCGGUUGAAUGCCGUGGUACGGCAGAAUGGCGCCCAACGCUAUCAUCACGUGGUGUCGCUGAUGGAGGAACUGCAGGACGCAACCAACGGUACGUACAAUGCGAGAUGAGUUUAGGAGCUAGGGCUGUGAGGUUGGGCGAGAAGAGUUUCCAUUGACGUACUUUCAACGCGGAGUGAAAGUCAUGAUCAUAUGGAUGGGAAGGAUAGGUGUGAAAGGGGAUUUGGGGACGGGAUUUGGAUGAUCUUUUCACGGAAUUUUUGGGGAUAAAUCACUGGGACUGGUGCCGAUUACAUGGUGUUCGGUUGUGAGGUGAAUGAAGCAUUGAGAAACAUCACAAUGCCUAGGGAUUUAACCACAAAUUUAUUCAAGAUAAUCUUUACAGUGGUUAAUACAACGUUAUCGACAGUCAUUCCUUCACGAAGAAAUUUUGGACGCUACUUGAUUUUUUUAAGACUGGAUCAAACAGGGCUCCAGGAGCACCUUCAGCAAUUCCUCCAGAAAUUCUUCCAGAUACUUCUUCAAGCAUUCCUCCAGAAAAAAUAUCUACUGGGAUUCUUGCAGAGAUGUCUCCAAGGAUUUCUUCAGGGAUUCCUCUAGCGGUUACACUAGGACAAAUUCUUUCAGGAUUACUCCAGGUAUUUCUCUAGAAAUUCCUUUGAGGAAGCAUUCAGUGUAUUCCACAGGUAGUCCUCCCGAAAUUCCUCCACGAAUCAUUCCGAAGUUUUCUUCAGGGAGGGGAUUCCUUCAAGAUUUUUUUUCAGAUACUCCAUCCAUGAAGACAUUUUUGGAGAAAUCCGUAGAUAAAUUCCUGGAAGAAAACUCGGAGAAAUCCUGGAGGAAUCUAUGAAAAAAUCCCUGGAAAAAUUCUUGCCGGAGUUUUUUGGAGGAAUUCCCGGGAAAUGUCUGGAGGAUUCCUUAAAAAAAUCUUUGGGACGGCUUUUGGUGGAACCAUAAAAUUAGUUGUCUGGAGCAAUCUCUGAAAAAAAAAAACUCCUGU